AUGCUGCGAACAAAAGAUCUUGGUGACACAAUCACCGAAGACAACAAUUCCAGUGACAAAGACAAGUAUAGAGCUAUCUACAUGAUGCGCCACCAUUUCCAAGAGAACUUGAAAACUCAGUACAUGACCAUGGAAAAUCCAUAUGACCUUUGGAUCGCUUUACAGCGAAGAUAUGACCACCAGAAAACGGUGUUGCUUCCAAAGGCUCAAUAUGAUUGGAAACACAUAAGGUUCUUGGACUACAAAUCAGUAGACGAGUACAACUCAGUCCUGUUCAGAAUUGUGUCCUUGUUAAGGUUAUGUGGUGAAAAAGUAACCGAGGAAGAGAUGCUUAAUAAAACUCUCUCCACGUUUCCUCAAACCAACAUGGUUUUGCAACAGCAGUAUAGAGAGAGGAAUUUCGCCACAUAUUGUGGACGUGGCCGAGGCCGUAGUGUGUCUUUUAAACCACAGAUCAAAGCUGAUCGAUGCCACAGAUGUGGUAUGGGUAAUCAUUGGGCAAAGAAUUGCCAAACUCCUAAGCAUUUGUGUGAGCUUCACAUGGAGAGCUUAAAAAGAAACCCGGAAGCUAACAUGGUUCGAGACACGGGAUAA